CGGGCCGGGAGGGCCGUCUCGGAGCGGCCGCGGGGCCAUGGCCGGGAGCCGGAGGAAUGUAUUCUUGGCGAAAUUACUGAAACGACUCUAUGGUGAAACUUCAUCUUCUCUUGUUCAUACUUCAAGUAGAGAAGAGGAGGUGGUUCUUGAAAAUCUUGGAUCAAAAUCUAAAGAAAAGAAUUCGGAUAAUGUUCAGAUUUCAUCAGCAGAAUGUAGCACAUCAACUAAUACACAGUGUGAAUCGUUUCAAGGUAAUGAUUAUACAGUUAUGUCUCCAAGAAGAAUUUACACGGUGGAUCUUCCUCCGGAGGGUUAUGUUGCAGUUACUCCAGAUGCUCUUAGUAAUGCAGUUUCUGAAAACUCUGGCAGUAGUGCUGACUCAACAGAAGAGGAAUAUCAAGGGCAAACCAAGAGAAAGCACAUUCGAAGGAAGAAACAAAAGAGCAGUUUACAAAUCUCUAGUAAUUUACAUGGAGAACAAACAGAUUUGGGAAUGCAAGAGACUGUUGUUCAAGAUAAUUUACAGCUGCAGCAAACAGACGGUCCCAAAAUAAGCAAAAACAAAAAGAGGAAAAUGAAAAAGAAGCGACAGAAAGAAAAAAAGAGAGCAGCUGGCUUAGUAACAAAAACUACCAGUGUGGAUUUUACAUAUCAGCCUGACAAAAACAACAAAGAAGAAGCAGCAGGCCUUAAAGACAUAAGUGAAAAGGCAGAUAGCAUUCUGGACUUCCUGCAGGCAACACAACAAAUUUAUUUUGCAGACAAGAAAUCAGAAUGCAGAGAUGCUGCUGUAAAUUCAGCAACUGUCCAAGAGCUCUUACAAAGUCUUGAAUUUCGCACCAUCUCUUCCUCAGAUGUGACUCAUCUGCAUCGGCUGAAAUCCCUUGUAUUGCUACAGGAUAUUGAGAGAUUGAAGGAUGCUUUGAAACAAUUCCAAGAACAAUCUAUGAUGUCUCCUGAUCAUGCCAAGGUAGCCACAUCUCUGUUUCACUACUGGAUUACAGAUAUCCUUCCUGUGAAGAACAGGAAGUAAAGCCUUAACCCCUCUGUCCUUACGCACAAGAUUAAAAUUUAAUAUGCAAACUCCUAACCAAGUAGCAGUUAUUCAUGAAGAGCAGUGUCAAUACACAUUCUACACCUUCAGGGAAAUGAAUUACUUUUCUGUGUUGAAAACACCAGAAGACAAUAGAGUGACUUUUGUGAUGGGUUGGUCAAGAGUAUGGCCUGAGUCUUCAACUGCAUUAAUAUGUACA